AUGCCCGCAGACAACGACGACUUUGAUUUCAACGCCCUCAAUGAGGAAGGAUGGAAGGAGCAGGAGGCCCGCGAUGAGGAAGCCAUUCGCCAGAUCAACAACAGCUUCGGCCCGGGUGGUAACGAUGGUCUGACUGAAAUGUUGGGGAACCUCCAGUCGGGAGGCGAGAUCGAUCAACGAGGCAAGGCAGACGAUGCCAUCGACUUUGAGGAUAUCGACUUGAGCGACGAGGACGAGCUACCCAACGACGAACCGAGCACUUCCGGCACCAGUGGCGAGCUGCCAAGCCUCAUCGACGACGCCGGCACUAAUGAUGACGACGACCUCUUUGGCGGCGACCCCUCAUCGCCCAUGGACACAGCCCACGAUGGUCUGAGAUCCUCUCCCCCGCCGCUCGACGUCCAUGACGAUGUCGAUGCCAAAAAACGUCCGGAUACUGCCGCCGGGGAGUCCCUCGAAGACCUCCGGAACCUCAACUUCGACAAUGACGAAGAGCCGCAUGCGACAAAUCAAGAUCCCGACAUUCCUCCGCCAGCAGAAAACUUCAUCGACGCCGUCAAGCAACUAUUCCCCGGUUUUGAGGAGAACGCCAUCCUGCAUUGGAACGAACUAUUGAAGCCCAAGAAUGCCACAUGGAUCUCGAAAAAGCCCCCCAAAGCCCCCAAGCCCUUGAUACCAUCAAAACUCAGCCUAGAGUUGGAUGCCGAUCAGGAAAAGCAGUUCCGGAUUCCGGGCCCUGCCACUGGCUCCGUUUGGCAGAGGAUCAAGGAAGCGGAAGCGAGAGGUCUGUUCUGUCUCGAAGAGCCGGAGCCUUUGGAACAAACCGAUCUGGAAGUAUUUAGCUUGGACGACGAAACGGAUUCGGAGAGGAUAGGUGGAUAUACCCUCCAGGACAUAGCUACGAUAUGUCAGGACUGGGAACAGAUGAUUUUCUUGGGCGACAGUCUUGCGGCUGCCAUCGAGCCGGGACCGCAGCCGAAACCUGACAACAUGCUCAUUAAGGAUGAGCCUGAUGAAGAGGCGGACUGGGAUGCCAUGUUCCUCGAUGAGCCUGCUCAAAAGCGGAGAAAGAUCGAAAUUCCUAAAGGUCUUCCUCCUAUUGCUCACUUCACGGCUCCAAAUUUGGACGAAUUCGAGCAGGUUACUUCGAAGCUGGGCAAGCGUGUCAUCCUUGACAUGAACGACCCUUACUUGCUGAUAGACGACGUCGAAUCUGAGCGGUCAUCUAAGCGGCGAAAGACCCAACAUAAAACGGUCCGCUUGGCGAACGGGAAAGCUGGGCGGGACCUUAUACAGCGGUUCAAUUUCUCCUCUGACGCGGCAUACGACGCGUUGAAGGAGAACAGCCAGAAUAGGGUCCGGGCCACGUUGGCUACUAUUCCUGUCGAGCACAGUUUGCCUGCGCAGAGACUGUCUUGGCCUUACUACCGCGUCAAGCUCGCGGCCAGUGACCCUCAUAGUUAUCAUCGGCCUCAGCUCCACCCUAAGAAGGAUCUGCAGUAUCUCAUCAGGUUCGACAAGCCUGCCAUUAUCAAGCGCAAGACUCUCAAGGGUAAACGCGUCAGCGAGGUAUUUAAGAGUACUCAUGACCUCUCCCUCAACGACAACUCGACCGCUAUCCUUUUCGAGUACUGCGAGGAAAUUCCUACCGUUCUCUCCAACUUUGGCAUGGGACAGAAAAUCAUUAAUUACUUCCGUCGAGCUAAAGGCGCUGAUAGCAGACCUGAGAAGCGUGAGCUUGGCGAGACUUGUAUAUUGAUGCCAGAAGAUCGCUCACCCUUCGCCAUCUUCGGUCACGUCCACCCUGGCGAGGUCGUGCCUACUCUUCACAACCACAUGUUCCGCGCCCCUAUUUUCAAGCAUAACCCGAGGAAUACAGACUUCCUGAUUGGUCGUAGCAGUACCGGCCAAAAAGGCUCAACUUGGUACAUCAGAAAUAUCGAUCAUCUUUACGUUGUCGGCCAAACCCUGCCCUCCAUGGAAGUCCCAGGGCCCCAUUCCAGACGUGUUACUAACAUUGCCAAGAACCGUCUCAAGAUGGUCUCGUAUCGCCUACUUCGCAAGAGCGAGCAUGUUACCCUCCAUGAUAUUACCAAGCAUGUAGCUGAGUCCAACGAGUCUCAGAAUCGUCAAAAGUUGAAGGAGUUUCUGCGCUUUAGAAAGGAAACAAAAGAUUGGGCGCUGCCCGAAGGCGAAGAGCUAAUGGCCGAACCGGCUAUUCGAUCUCUUGUUAGGCCGGAAGAGGUCUGCCUAUUGGACGCCAUGCAAGUGGGCUUGCACGAGAUCGAGAAGGGUGGUUAUGAUGCUACCGAUUCCCUCAAGGACGAUGACAUUGGGAUUGACGUGAACGAUGAGCUCUCUCCAGAUGCUCUUGCCAACAAGAUGGCGCCUUGGAAGACUACCAAGGCAUUUCUUGACGCCAGUCAUGGCAAGGCUAUGCUUGCAGUUCAUGGCGCCGGCGACCCGACGGGCAAGGGACUGGGCAUCAGUUUCCUGAGGACGUCCAUGAAAGGCGGCUAUCUUGAGCAGCUCCAAGGACCAAUGGCUACAUCAGCUGAUGCCAUUGAGAGGCAGCGCAAAGCGAACGGUGGGCACAUGUACAACGUCAAGAACCAGGACACACUCUACACCGAGGCUCUCACCGAUAUCUGGAACCGCCAGCGGGAGAGUCUCUUGGAUUCCCAAGAACACGAUGAUGAAGAUGUGCUUGGGCAAGAGGAUGAAGACGAGCGUUUCAACGUACAGGGCAGCCAAUUCGCGCAAACCCCUGUGGUCCAGGACGGUUUUAGUCAGAUUAGCCAGAGCGCCACCAGUGCUAUUAACCGGAAGAAGCUCGUGAUCACAAGAGAGGUGAGGGAUGAAAAUGGCCAAACACGGACUGUGACAGAGGUCGUAAGGGACCCUGCUGUCAUUGCUCAGUACGUCAAGAGGCGUCGCCAAGAGCAAAAGUCCGAGAUCGAUAUCUACAAUGUUAAGAUGACAGGUGACCAAGAGCGGGACGCCGUUAUUCUCGAGCUGUUAGUCACCCUCUACGUAUUAUGCGCAAAUUGUGGGGCCAAGGGCCAUAUCAAGACAAACAAGAAGCUCUGCCCGUUGCUCAACGGUUCGAUGACCAAAGACCAGAAUCAGGACGAUGGCGCCUCUGGUGUCGGCUCGCCCAACCCGAACGCGCCGAUCGCUGCUAGUUUCAUGACUCCUAGCUAG